AUGUUCACGAAGGUCAACUGUUUGGACACGCGGCCCGUUCGCGGAACUCUCGGGCGCCAUGCAUGUGUUUGCAAGGUGCAAGCAAUUUGGAAUCCUUUGGGCAACAGCUCACGAUCAAAGUCAUAUCCACCACUGUCUUACAGUAUCAACCGCCAAGACAUCACCGCCAUGGAGUUGGGCAUGUUGCUGGCGGUCAGCCACAAGGACGUCGUGGUGGGCCCGGAUGCCAUCCCCCUCUGCCGCCAGAACUACAGCUACUGGUGCUCACCGGAGGGCUUGCGCCACGCCGCCAAGCUGGAGGUAGCUCUGCGGCGCAGCGUGGCGACUGUGGCCUGCUUUACCACUUGGGACGUGUACGGUGAAGUUGCCGCUGCCGCCGCAGAGGAUGCAUCGCCACUGCCGAUGGGGCCAUAUCCUUGGCAAGGUCAGAAUCGUCAGCAGAAUAACUGCCAUGACCAUUAUCGUGAUAGCCAUCGUGAGCAGCAGCACCAGCACCAGCACAAGCACAAGCAGGAGGAGCUCGCUGGCAUCCCCAUCACCAUGCGUGACAUGGUCAUCAUCAUCAUCAUCAUCAUCAUCAUUAUCAUCACCAGCAACAGCAACAGCAGGAUCAGGGCCAUCUUCUGCCUCUCUGCUCUCGCAGCUGUCUUCGUCAUCGUCGCCGUCGUCGCCUUCUGUACAACCCCCCACAACUGGCUUGGACACAUGGCCACGAUAUAUGACGUUGCCGUACACCCAGCGGUACGAGGCCAGGGCAUCGGCCGCCGUCUAGUCAAACUUCUCCUACAGCAGAUCCAGGCGCGCUCGGUGUACGACAUUGGCGUCGUGACGCCGACGGCGGCGGUGGGGUUUUGGGAGCGGUGCUCUUUCGGCGACGACCGCGAAGGCUCUACGUUCAUGACUUUCAUGGGCCGCCCACAACGACCCAUGGGUCAUUCCAGCAGUCGCCACACGGCCAGUGACCCAGACUACCUUAGCGACCGGUCGGCCUGGCAGGCAGCGGGAGCGCUGGAGGACGCGGCCCCGCUGGAUUUCGAAUACGAUGACGGUGGAAGUGGUUUCGGGGCGCCGUACAGCUCACAGGAGCUAUUGCGGCGAGCGGACCGUUUGGGGCACUGGGAUGCAGCGGCGAGGUCCGAGUCUCUACGGACGUUGCUGGCGGAGAAGCUGCAGCGAUUACGGGAAGCUCCGUUGGCGGCGGGUGGCGGCUGGGGGUUAGUAGCCAUAGUGGGAUACCGUGCUGAGUUCUGUUCUUUCCUGGAGACGCUUAAGAGCGAGGACCGGUCCAGAGUACUACCGUUACAGGUGGCCAUGAAUUGUAUAGCAAAGUCUUUCGUCCCCACCUUAAUUUAG